AUGGAAAGACAGAUGAAAAUAUUGAGUAACAACAACAAUGUUAAAGAGUCUUAUAAUUAUGGAAAUGAAGAUGAUGGAUUACUAAUGUGUACUUGGCCUCCAAGUUGUUACACAUGUAGUUUUUGUAAAAGGGGAUUCAAAUCAGCUCAAGCACUUGGUGGACAUAUGAAUGUUCAUAGAAGAGAUAGAGCCAAGUUCCUCAUGAUGAGACACCACUCACCACCACCAACAACAAAUGAUAAACAUACGUAUUCUCUUCUAAAUCUCAACCCUAACCCUAACCCUAAUAUUUCAUCAUCGUCAACGCCACCACCACCUUCUUCUUCAAGAAAAUUCUCUCAUUAUAGUAAUGGUGGUGCUUCUCAUGAAAUCAUGAGGAAACGUGUUGUAAUUCCAAACUUGAAAAGUAGUAGUACUACUACCAAAGACUCUUUAUGCAUGCAAGACAAAGAAUUUGUGAGAUUGGACUUGCAAAUUGGCUUGUUUACUGAAUCCAAGCAAGAAUUGGAUCUGGAACUUCGACUCGGAUACACUUAA